ACCACGAUGUCGCUGCCAAGGUCAAAUUAUGACCCGAGGCGGGUCUGUAUCAACCCAUUCCCGAAUAUUGACUUGCAUCUCGGCAAACACAGACGUACCAUCGGAGUCUACGUUGCCGGAGGUCUGUUCGGGCUCGCUCAUUGGCUUUUCCUCGAUGCUGCGAUCCUUUCUUCUCACUACCAUCCACCGCCGGAUGCUCCGUAUGACUCUGCACCUGUGCACGUCUCGUUUGUCGAUUGGAUACCGGGGAUUCUGUCUGUCCUCGGGUUCCUUAUUGUCAAUAUGAUCGACAAAGAUAGAAUAAAAGGCGAGGACUCUUAUCAGGAUGAUUCUCCCGCCGUGUGGCGUGCACGUCUCAUCCUCUUCAUCGGGUUCGCAUUGAUGGCUGGCGGGCUCGCUGGUAGCGUAACUGUAUUGGUGAUUAAAUACGUCGUCCCGAAAUUUCUGGACCAGUUCGCUUAUUAUGGCUAUGCAAACGUUGCGCAAAACGUCGCGGUUAUGCUCUCUGCCGUCAUACUAUGGAUCGCCCAGAGCGGUCCGAACGAUUACGAGUAUAAUUUGUCUAUUUGAAGGGGUUUCCAUAUGUAUUAUCGAUAAAUAACUUAGGAAAGGGGAAACUGUGGCAAAUACUCAAUGAUGACUGUUAUUUCUUCGUCCAAGCUAUGUAUCGUCCAGUUGCGUCAAGUACCAUUUACUGUCACAAUUUUGACUACUUUUUUUAUAAAAAAAACUCUUACGC